AUGCUGAACGCGGCUAUUUAUGAGCGGACGCAAAUUUUGGUUGGGGACGAAGGGGUGCGGAAGCUGCAGGGGGUCAACGUCUUUCUUGCAGGCGUGGGCGGCGUGGGCGGCCACUGUGCCGAGGCGCUGGUGCGGGCCGGGAUAGGGCGCAUCACUGUUUGCGACCAUGACGUUGUCUCUGCCACCAACAAAAACCGACAGCUUGUGGCGCUUGACAGCACCAUCGGUAAGUGCAAAGUGGAGGUGCUGGCGCAACGCCUGCAGGACAUCAACGCCCACUGCCGCGUGACAGCCCUAGACGCGCUGCUUCUUCGAGAGGACAUGGAGGACAUCUUGACGCGGCAGCGCUACGACUACGUGGUGGACUGCAUUGAUAGCGUGGAAUGCAAGGUGGCCCUCCUUGCGACAUCCGUGCGGCUCGGGAUUCAGACUUUUGCCUCUUGUGGCGCAGGCGGUCGUCUUGACCCUUCACUCGUCUCCGUUGGUGACCUAUUUGAGACGGAGAACGACGCCCUGGCCCGCUGCUGCCGCACGGAGCUAAGAAAGCGUGGCAUUGGACCCGGCAACGUUGUCGUUGUGCAUAGUAAAGAAAAGGGUGUGCGACCGCUGGAGCCGCAGCGGCAGGAGUCCGGUGGGCGAGACCGCGCCUUAAACGGAACAAUCAGUUACAUGCCGCCGCUCUUUGGUCUGCUGCUCUCCGCCGCGGUGGUUCGACACGCGCUGGAUCCGGCGAGGGCACAGCAGGAAGCGAAGCGUCGUCUGAAGCGGGCGAAGAAGGAGGACACACGACGGGGGAAGAAGCUGCGUCCGGGGCUGUGA